AACAGCACCACCUCCGCCCCCGGAAUCAAAAAAAGGUUUUGCCGGCAUAGUCGGUGGCCUUCUUGCAAAGAAAGGGAAACGUGUCCAGUCUUCGACGAGUUCAAGUGGUACAACAGUAAGCUCGCACAACGAACUUGCUAUGUACCAGGGUGUGCCAUGCGAUUACGAUGACGACGAUGUCGAUUUUGACGUGCUCGGAUGGUGGAAGCGGAACGAACACAUAUUCCCAUGUCUCGGCAUGCUAGCAAGACAAGUGUUGUCCGUCCCAGUAUCAACCGUAGCAGUUGAACGAGAAUUCAGUGCUGGCGGCAACAUUCUAACCGACUACCGAAGUUGUCUUAACGCUGAAUCUCUUGAAACACUGGUUUGCAACCAAGAUUGGCUCUUGCCAAGACGUCGGGCUCAAGAGUCAUCGUACCAACUCGAAUCGGAGCAUUACAUGAAUGCAACCAUAGAUGGAAGUCCGAGUUCUGAAGAAUAAGUUAUAAUUUUUUUUUAUGUUAAUGUAAAUAUGUAAUUAAUUUUUUUAGGUGAGCGAUAUAUAAGCUCCUUCGAGGGUUUCUUUACGGUUCUUUACCUCGUCGCUUUUUUUGAACCGUCAGGAUAUUAAAUGUGGUUGUUCUUC